GCUCAAAUACAUAUCUAACAAAGAAGGCCUGAAGACAAGUUCCAUCGCCCUCACUGCACUUGCAGGGUAUACUGAAUGUGACAUACGUGCAUGUUUGAACACUCUUCAGUUCCUCAAUAAGAAGAAGGAAAACCUCAAAGUGUUGGAGAUCAGUUCUCAAUUGGUUGGCCGAAAGGACACAUCAAAAAGUGUUUUCGACGUAUGGAAAGAGAUUUUUCAAAAGAGAAGAGUGAAGCAGGAAAGGAUAUCUGGUAAUGGCAGCAGCAGCAUGUCCAAUGAAUUUGAAUUUCUGCACAAUCUGAUAUCUAACCGUGGCGACUACGACUUAAUUUUAGAUGGGAUCCACGAAAAUAUUUUGCAGCUCCAUUAUCAUGAUCCACUUAUGCGAAAGACAGUCAAAUGCUUGCAUAAUCUUGGGGUUUCUGAUAUGAUUCACCAGUACAUUAUGCGCACGCAGCAGAUGUCUUUACAAGUUUAUCAGCCUUCUAUUGCAAUUGCUGUACAUGGUCUAAUAGCUCAAGUUGAAAGACCAAAUAUUGGAUGGCCCAAAUCUUUCCAAAGAUACCGAACAAGCUUGGUGGAAAGGAUAGAGAUAUUUCAUUCAUGGCACUACAAAAUAUCACCAUACAUCUCAAGGCAUCUGUCAACUAAGUCCUUUGUAGAAGACUUGAUUUCUCCAUUGUUACAUCUUUUGUCACCACCAACUCUAAGGCCGGUGGCAUUGCAUUUACUUUCAGAGAAAGAGAAGAAUGAUCUGGUCCAGUUAGUAAAUUUUAUGGUGUCGUAUGCUAUAACUUAUAAGAAUGUAAAAUCUAAUCCUUUACACAGUACACUGAGACAUGAAGUUGAUUUAGAUGCUUCGGCUCUUUCAUUUGAUCCCCCAAUAAGUGAUUUUAUAAACUUCCAGGGCUAUAAAUCUGGUCAUUUUGUGUUGGCUUCAGCUGUGAAGCAGGUCUUGGUGCAUGAGGUGGAAAAGCAAAAGAUUUUGCAAGGCAGCAUCAACAGAUCUGUGCACCCUCCUGAUGUAUGUAACAAGAAAAACCAGGCUAUGGCAGGGGGCAAAAUGGGCAGAACACCUUCCAGAUCUGAUAGUGCAACCACAUCUGCUGGGAAGAUGACAAACACAAAGAAUCCGUUAAUCCCGCAGCAUUGUGGAUUGACUACUACUUCUAAUACAUCAACUUCAGAUUGUAAUCGAACUUCCACAGCCAGUGUGAUACUAAAAUCCUCUGAAAAGAAAAAGAAGCGAUAUACCGACUCUUCUAGUUUCUUUGACAGGUUUAGAAAGGUGAACAGCAGAGGUUCUCAAAAUACUGAUGAUGCAAUGUCAAGGCCAACGACAAUGGAGAGAGAUUCACGUCCUUUACUGUUUAAAUUUAAUGAGGGUUUCACAAAUGCAGUUAAAAGGCCAAUUCGAAUUCGUGAAUUUCUUCUAUGAUGUAAAACAAGCCUUGUAAUCGUAUAAAGGUGAUGCUUGUAGUUAUCUAAGUUAUGUUUAUAUUCUCUUAAGCUUCCCUUAAGUUGUCACUAUCACAGUUGAUAUAUUCAC